AUGAGCAACUCUAACCCUCUGCGGACCGACGCUUGUAUGAAGCGAACGGUAAGUAUGGAGACAGUUUUGCGACAUCAUGAAAUUCAAGAGAGAAAACUACAAGGGAAGCGAGAAGCAUAUAAAAGACGAAAUGAUACGUACGUCAAAGCUAUGUACGGUAGUCCUCAGGACAAAGAAGAAGUCAGGUGAACAAGUUUACGUUUUAUAAACACUAAAAGGUUUAUAAACUCUUUGAAUAUUAAAGGGUGACUUAAACAAUAAAUUGUCAAUAACGUCCAUCACCACAAGUGCUGAUGCUUGUUAGACUCCAAUUAACAGCUGUUUUUCAUUUAAACAUAGACUGCAAAAUAUACUCAAAAUAACCAAAAUAUAACUGCAAAAUUUUCAUUACUGGAUACAGCAUUAUUGAAGUUCUUUCCUGAGACUGAUUUCGGUCUAUUUUAAUAAUAUAUUUAACUUGUAGAUUGUGGGUUGAUAGAUUGCGGGCGCGUCCAUUCAACCAAAAUUCCAACCGGUCCGACCGGGAAAAGUGGUCCACCUCAAAAGGUGACCCGUGUUUUCGAAACUUUUCCGGUUGGACCGAACCGAUCCAUUGAGUUUUGGGCCGAAAUUUCCGGAAAUUUUGGUUGAAUGGAUCGCGCCCUGCAUUUCCCGAGUCCCAUCGCUUUUCGAGUACAAUCGAGCAAGCAUAUACCACGCCAGGGCCAAAUCAUCCUCCAAAUUGCUGGGCAAAGCGUGACAAUUUUGGUUAAUUUACAAUAACUUUGUUGUCUCUAUCUCUGAUCUUUCCUUACCAAACUUGGCCUGAAAAUAGAAAAUAUUGAGAUAAUCAAAUUGGCAUACAUUUUAUCAUCAAAAUGUCAAAUUAUGACGUCACUUUUGCUGACGUCAUUCAUACGUAAAUUUUAAACUUUAAACUCUCUCCAUCGUUUAUGAAAAUUUGAAAGAACUAUUCAAGGGAACGGAAAAGUAUGGUUCCAAGGGGGGGAACUGAAAUACGUUUAAAGUCCCAUAACUCAAGUUUUAAAUGUCAUGGCAAGAAAUGGUUUUCAGCCUUUUACUCCCCUUCUAAUUCUCUUUCAAGUGAUAGAAGUAAAUGAUAUAUUGAAAUUUGAAAAUUAUGUCAGCAAUUGUGGCGUCAUAAUUUGACAUUUUGCGUGAGACAAAAACGUUAAAAUUAUCUGGUCAACAAUCAAAGUUUAUGGGGGCAUUUACACAAGAGGCACUUUAUAUUGAUAUUAAUUUGAGAGAAGGCAUAUUUUAGAUCAUCCUAUUCAUGAUUUAUAGAUUCCUUUGUAAAGUGCCAUGAGCCCAAUAAUGGAUAUGGUGCUGAUUAUAAAUGCUUUGAUUAUAAUUUUUUACAUGUAUUAAUAUAUUGUAUAGUAAGCUAUCCAUUGAACACUAUGAGAACACUUAAAAGCAACCACUAUUAUUGCAUCUUUAAAACUCUCAGGCAAGAUGGCAGAACAGCAUUGUUACAACAAAUGAAAGAAAAAGAACUAGCUGACAAAAAUGCCAUGGCUGAAAAGACAAAAGAGAGUGACUUCGCAAUCAGUUAUGACAGGAUCUGCAUUGAACAAGACAAAGAAGACAAAAUCAACAAAGAAAAAUACCUACAGCAGUUCAGGAAUGAAAAUAAAAGGGUACUAACAUUGUUUAAUUUUUGUUUGUUCAAAUUUUCUGAAGAACAGCUCAACCAGUAGCUGUAUAUCAGAAAAUUAACUUCAAGAUUACUUUGGUGUAGCCUGAAUUUCAUCCCAUUACUUUGAGUUGUUAUUACUCCUUGAGAGGAGAAAACGACUCGAAGCAAUCGGAUGAAUUUCAGUGUAACUUUGGUGUUGAAAAUGCUGCAACUAUAAUCUGGUAAUAGUCAUUUACAGACUGUAUCUUAAGCCACCUUCUCAACUCAUGACUUGCACACCUGUGCUUCAAACAUGGCAUCAACUCAACUACAUGGAGUAUGAUGUCAUAAAACGUUUUUCUUUGAAUACUGAUUGGCUCAUAACCAUCAUGUAUUAUCUGUUACAUUAUUGGCCAGCGCUACCAAGAAAUGUAAUUUUAUUGUUUUGAGGUGAAAGCCAUUCAUUCCAAAAAGGAGGCAAAGUCAAUUAAAAACAUUCAAAGUCCGUUUUAUUUUGUGAUGUACUGAAAACAAGUGACAUCAUGCAAAAGAUCAAGGUUCCUUUAAAUGUCAAGACUGAGGUUCCUUUGAAUGGUGACACAACAAUUAUUUUAGCCUACACACAAAUAAAAAGGCACUUGAUAAGUACAAUACUUUUUGCUGUAGUGACCUUGGAAAAGUCUGAAAGUCAAGAAACAAACAAUCACCACUUUAGUAAAUAUUGGGGGCAUUUUUGUUUUCUCUUUCACAGCUGAUGGAGCUCCGUGCCGAACAGCAGAAAAAAGAUAGAUGUGCAAGACAUUUAGAAGAAAGAAACCUCCUCCAGCAAAGUCCGAUAAAUUGGAGCCAUACUCUUCACUAA